UCUGCUCCUGUCUUCAUGUUUUACUGUGUUCCACGUUUGUAUUUCAUUGCGUGCUUUUGCUGUUUUGAAUAAGAAUUAUUUGUAAAACUGGGAUAUUUCUUCGAUACAUUGGGAAAAUUUAUGCGCUACGGACGGCAACAAUGUUCCGAAGAAGCACAGGCACGAUUAGGGACGUUGUAAUUGUUAACGGUUUGUUCCUGCCAGAAAUAAAAGUUAUUGAAGUUUAAAUGUGGAGCAGUAUUAUAAAUACCUAGCCGUAAUAUUCCUCGAAUUGACCUGGGUUAUCAUGGAUGGAAUGGUAAGUUCCUUGACAGCUGAAGUUCUACUUACCAAGCAACACUGCCUCUAGGCAAUGGGCCAAAUUAAAGAACAAUUGUAAUUCAUUUCCUGGCAACGUCAAAGAUUUUUCUGUUAUCCACACCGCGAAGACUGGCCUUGACGACCACCCAUCCUCCUGUCCGGUCCGUAGUAGUACCUCCUUUACAUGGUAUUAUAAACUUAUCUAACUGAUGUAUUGAAAUGUCUUCUAAGAGAGAGAGAUUCAUUAAAAUUUCCUGAACACGAUUUAGAAAAUAAUAAAUUGGCAUAUAUUCGGAAAGUUUCAGAAACUCAGUCAGUAGGAGAGUUGCAGUUGGGAUUAAAUCUGAUAUGAAUCUUGUACUGAUGUGUGUUGCAGGUGGACGAAUAUAUAAUACAAGGUCCGUAUAAAAAGUAUCGGGAAAAAUCUUACCCUUACAUGACUGUACACCGCACCAUGCUCGCACCGCCCAGGCGUGGUCAUGGGGGUCUAACCUUUAACACGCACCAAGCGCCAUUCGCCUGAGCGCAUUCGUAGAGGUCAGGCCGUGUUUUCAGUGGACCCCUGUCGAGUGAGUCGGUGCAAGCACAGAAUAACCACAAAACUACUAGUUUUGGACGACGAACAAUCCGUGAUUGUGGUUACAUCACCAUCUUUCUAUCCAAGGUCAUUUAAAGUAGAUAGAUAGAAGUGAAACAUACAACCGAGAGAAUGAUGUGAUGCGGUUACAAGUUUGUACACGUGCGGGAUGGCGAUAAAAGAUGACAGACACUUAGAACAUACUUAACGAUAUGAUACUCUGUAACCCCGCCUAUUAACCUUAACCUUUCAUUAUCGUUCCUCUUUAAAUACAUGCCACAUCAACAUCUCUCCUCAAUCAUGUAUUACCACGACACUUGUUGCCACUACAAGUCAGUCUGCAACUGUUCUCUCUGUUGGAAAGAGUUCGCUCAGUGUCCAAUAUCAGAUUUGUGUGCAGACAACACCCAGCGUCUACAAGCUUCUGGUGUUCUUCUUCCACACCAAUCUCCGUUCGACGACGAAGAAGAUACAACAUACAACAUUGGCUCUCUUCGGGUAAGAACCACAAAUGUCAUUAGUUUGGACAGAUCAAACAUCAAACAAAUCACAAUGGCCAACAUUCACAACUCCGGCAGGCAAAACAAUAACUCUCCCUCCAAGGAGAUAUAUUCUCUUUGGAAAUAUGCUCAGCCCGAUGACCCCGGAACUUCUACAGGAAUAUUCGGCCCACCUCCGAGAGCAUCACACACUAUCGACAGCACCCGAACCAUUGGCACGCCUAAACUCACACCUCCAAGUUCUCCAAGUUCACAUCAAGAACCCACCACAAUCGGAGAUGAACCUGAUAAUAUCUCUCACCAACACAUCCAGCAGACCAGUGCGCCAAGCAAUUUUCCUAGCAGCGAUACGAAUAUUCGGGAUAACACCAUACACGAUGGUGAUACAGGAAGGAUCAACAAAAGAACCUCUGUUAUCGUACUCAACAAGCGACUCCGCUCAUGUGAUAACAGUCCUCCUCGAAACCAAAUUAAACAAAGAAGAACUUCUAUCAGCAACGCAACCAUCGAUGGACAUCUUCAACACUCAGAUGACGGAACUCCUUCGCCACCAUCGCCCAGCAUUCCUGCAGACACAACUGGAAACAAUGAUCCAAGUGGAAGCUCUCCCAUCCUCCUCCAACCAACCUCAGCCUCUACAGAUCUUUACUACACAUUCAUCCUCCACAAAACAACCUUCGACGCCCUCCCACCAACAUCAAAAAAAUCCCCAACAUUCGCAACAUUUGACCACGGAGACCACAUCCACAUCAUCUUCUCCGUCCGUCACUCAAACAACGUAUCCCGCCACCUCAACUCCAUCCUAUCUUUCCUUAAGACAGGCUUCUCUGGAAAUGCAGAAGCUCAUACAAGCCUUCAACUCAUCCGCUACACAACCAGAUUCAUUUCAUAUCUUAUCCGUAAAGGUAUCUCAACAUUCAACAAAUAUGGAAAUAAAUCCCUUUCCAUCAUCAAGCCAAUCCUAGAUGCGAUUGCAAGAUACGAUGUCACAGACUCUUCUCCAGACAACAUGCCAUGCCAACAAUAUGUCGAAGAAAAAAAAACAAUCAUCAAGGAGAACCUCACCCAACGUACGUUCUCAAUUGAUUACAUUUCUAAUCUCAUUGUCUCUAACAAAAUAACAUCUUAUGAAAAUUUUCAACGCGUUCUCCCAACCGACACCAAAAUCCAACUUCUUAAACAGUUGGGCUAUGUUGGCCAAAAUAUAAUUAAAACACUAAUAAAAAUUCACAAUAUCGAAAUCUUGCAAAACAUAAAAACAAAACACUACUAUCAGUUGAUAAUUGAUAAUUUUCAACUCGAUAAAUCCAUCCCAUCCAACGUCUCGUGGCUCAAACAAGUCUUCCGAUCAAACGCCAUUAGUGUUUCCAAAUUUUUUGCUCAUUUCCUCCUCAUACAUUCCAUGAACAUUACAAAAAUAAAUUCGUUUGUCCUCCAGGGACCAACUAACACAGGAAAGUCUCUGCUCAUGAACAUCCUACUAUCAGACACCAAACCCACAAGAAUUGCGUGGGAACGAGACAAAUCCAACUUCCACUUGGAUCAGCUUCCCAACGCAACAAGUGUCAUCUUUGAAGAACCCAUCAUCGACCAAACUACGGUCGGUACAUGGAAACUGCUACUAGAAGGAGCCCCCAUCCCCACCGAUAUGAAACACGCGGACAAGGAGCUCAUCAAUCGUCUACCGAUUUUCAUCACCACCAACCAAGACAUAUGGAAUUGGGUCGGUACAGACGACGUCAACCCCAUAAAACAGACAAUUUUCGUAUUCAACCUCAAGAUAACGAUAUCAUCGCUGAUUUCACAGCAAGCACAAAUCCCACAACCUCCACACAUAAUCACAAAACACGACAUAUAUGCAUUAUUCCUACAUCACCUUCAAUACAUCCACGAAGAAUAUACAACUCUACUCACAGCCCUUCCCAUCUCGGACACUACAAAACCAUUCACCACCACCCAAUACAACGACCUUCAAAACUUACAAGUGCAACUUCUAUUACAGGAUCCAUCCUAACCUCUUCAUCAACUUCGAUGCCCCAUGAUCGAUGGCUGAUUCCACAUCAGAACAACAAGAUCGCCCCUACAAACGACAAAAAGUUGGAUCUGAUAGGCCAACUAUGGGCCAAACAACACACAUCGUCGAACAAGAUGGAUAUGGUAAACACAUGCACAGUGAGAUAUCAACCAUACCAAUUCCUAUCAAAACCACCCACAUUCACGGAGAAAUAUAAAGGUCGACAUUUCAUUUUGUGAUUCCUCCACUUGUGGAUAUAUAAUACCAUACCAUCUCCUACAAUUCUGGAUCGGACUCAAUGAAAACGAAAACAACACAAUGAAAUCCUUCAAUUCCCUUCUGUCGUCAUCGUAUGGAGUCACGUGGCAUUCAUUUGACCUCUCCAUCUACAAUCAAGCAACAAAAAGGAAACGACUUCUCACACAGGGUGCCACAACAUACGAAACUAUCAACUUCGAAACUUCUCAAAACCUCAUGAUCCUAACUGACGUCAACAACACACACACACCAUCCGUCAUCUGGCCCGACGAAUUCCUCCCCCCCCGGCCAUAAAAACACAUCAACCGACCUACAAUCAGGCUCCUUCUUUUGCAAAAUAGAGGAACUGGCAACAGGUCAUACCAAACACUUCCAAUUCACACCAGAAAAAUUACCAUCCUCUUACGUCUGGCAACUUCCCAAAAUAGAAAAUACGGGUAUCUUCUGUGACCUCAUGUUUCCCGCCCGAACAGAGGUACGCCAUCAAGUUUUGUGUUGGACUGGGGAAAACGGGUACAGAGAUGUUGGGCAUGAUUCGCCAAGUGUUCAAGGAUGAAAGCAUGUCACAAACUGCAGUUUUUAAGUGGCACAAGCUCUUCAAAAGUGGCCGACAGAGUGUGGAGGAUGAGCCCCGCGGUGGACGGCCGUCGUGUGUGUGACGUACUCAAUUCAGACCAUCGGUUAAGUGUGCCCAUGAUUGCAGAUCGUGUUGGCAUUGAUAAGAUGACGGUGCACACCAUUAUCACUGAAGAUUUGGCGAUGUGAAAGGUCUGCGCGAAACUCGUCCCGAAGGUCUUGACGGACGACCAAAAGCAGAGACGAGUGGCUGCUUGUGAAGACCUUCUGCAACGCGUUGAGGAAGACCCCGGCUUUCUGGACGUCAUCACGGAAGACGAAAGUUGGAUAUUCAAGUACGACCCGGAAACAAAGCUUCAAAGUUCCGAAUGGCACACUUCGGCAUCACCUUGUCCAAAAAAGGCGCGAAUGAGCAAAUCCAGAAUGAAAAUCAUGCUCAUCGUUUUCGUCGACGCCCAGGGGGUAGUCCACUACGAAUUUGUACCUGAGGGGCAAACAGUAAAUGGAGCUUUUUACCUGGAAGUGCUAAGAAGAAUGAAGAGAAGGUCAAUCGGGUGAGGCCAGCCAUCGCCGGAAAUUGGAAAUUGCAUCACGACAAUGCACCCAGUCACACCUGCUCCAAGGUGACCACCUAACAAAAAAUGGCAUCGCGACGGUACCCCCAACCCCCCUACAGUCCCGACUUGGCACCAGCAGACAUUUUCCUGUUCCCGAAAGUGAAAUCCUCCCUCAGAGGGCACCAUCAUGGGACCCUGAGUGCCGUCAAAGAGGCUUGCACGCGGACCCUUAAGGACCUUCCGGAAUCCGCCUACCAGGGAGCCUUCAUGUCGUAGCAGCGCCGUUGGCAAAAGUGUAUCGAUGCACAAGGGAUGUAUUUUGAAGAAUUUUGAGGCAUUGUAGCAAUAUCUGAAAUAAAUCUAUUUUCCCGGAA